GUCGAACUGAGAAAAUUUCAAACUACCAGUCACCGAACUUCAGGAAUCGGGAAUUGCUGUCAGGCUCUCACGUCUCUUGUCUGAUAUUCAAAAGAAAUGAAAAAAUGAUUAAGCUAAGGUUGAAACCAUUCAAUAUUGAUAACAGGAUACGUUUUAAAUCAUACUUGUCUUCAAACGAAAUACGUAAACGAUUCAUUGAUUAUUUUGUGAAAGAAAAUGAUCACAAAUACAUUAAAUCUAGUCCUGUAGUACCAUAUAAUGAUCCUACGAUAGCUUUUGUAAAUGCUGGCAUGUGCCAGUUUAAGAAUAUAUUACUUGGUCAAAGAACUUUAGCAGCCAAUUGUGUUGCCAAUAGUCAAAAGUGUAUACGAGUUGGUGGUAAACACAAUGAUUUAGAUAUUGUCGGUUCUGAUGGUUACCAUCAUACAUUUUUCGAAAUGCUUGGAAACUGGUCUUUUGGACAUUAUGGCAAGGCUGAAGCAUGUCGUUUGGCUUGGAAUUUAUUGACUUCAUCACCUUUCAAUAUACCCACCAAGCAAUUAUAUUGUACUGUAUUUAAUGGCGAUGAAACACUUGACCUAGAAGCUGAUAAUGAAACACUUCAAAUAUGGAAACAUAUUGGUGUAAAUGAUGAUCACAUUAUUAUGAACGGAGCAAAUGAUAAUUUUUGGGAAAUGGGAGAAACAGGACCUUGUGGGCCUUGUACAGAGAUACACAUUGAUUAUCCACCGUCUGGUGGGAAAAAUCUCAUUGAACUUUGGAACAUUGUUUUCAUACAAUAUUCUAGAGAAAAAAAUUCUAUGCGCAAGUUACCAAAUUAUUUCAUAGAUACUGGAAUGGGAUUGGAACGUUUGACAAUGGUGUUGCAAGAUAAAACAUCAACUUAUGAUACAGAUUUAUUUUCACCUAUAUUUAACAUUAUAUUUAAUGCCUCCAAAAUAUCAAAAUACACAGGAUUAUAUUAUGAAGAAACAAAUUUGGAUACUUAUUAUCGAGUAUUAGCAGACCAUGGGCGAAUGAUUACUGUUGCACUUUCGGAUAAUAUGCUGCCCAGCCAAAAUCAUAAAUUGAGAAGAUUGAUACGAAAAUCAUUUUUAUUAGCGGAAACUAAUUUCAAAAUUCAACCCGGGUACAAUUUGAUGUGUGAUAUCGCUAAUGAAGUUUCAAAGAGUCUUGGUAAUGUGUAUCCUGAACUGAUUAAAAACAAUGAAAAGGUCAGACAUUUAAUAAAACACGAGUACACUAUAUUUGACAAACUAAGAAUGUCUGUUUCUAAAGAUUGGAAAAUGGCAGUUGAAGAAUGUCCAAUGUUAAAGAGUUUUAAUCCAUAUGAAGAGUGUACAGGAUUUGUACCAGCUUGUAAUUACUUAAUAAAACAGAAAAAUAUUAAAAACAUACCAGCAUUUACAUUGUAUGAUGCAUUUGGUCUCGAAAAGAAAACAAUAGGAAGGCUAGCUAAAGUUAUGGGAAAACCAGUAAAUUGGAACGAACUUCAUGAAAAAUUAAAAAAAUUACAAACAAAAACUAUUAAACAUACUAAGAAAAUAUCAAAUGGUUAUAUGACAGGAAAUAUUCCUAAAACUGAUGACAGUUUCAAGUAUGAAAUUAUUCGCUAUAAUAAUGAAUCAUAUUUAUCACCAGCACUUACUGCCAAGCUUCUAGCAAUUAUCGAUAAUAAUGGUAACAUUGUGACUGAGCCUGAUAUUAAAGAACAAGGAGAUAUGGUUUCGUUAGUACUAGACAAAACACCCUUUUAUUGUAAAGCUGGUGGACAACAAAAUGAUAUUGGUAUUGUCAAAACUAAUAAUGGAAUAGUAUUUAAUGUUACUGAUGUAAACAAAAUUGAAGAAAAUGGUGUUGUGUUACAUCAUAUUAAAUCAAGCGAUUGGCCUAUAUUAUUAAGGGAAAAGGAAUUAAAUGUUCAAGUUGAUUCAAACUAUAGAAUUGGUUUAAUGCGUGCUCAUUCAUCAAUUCAUAUAUUAAAUUCUGUUUUAAACUCAUAUUUAGUUGUUACUGCUCAAUUAUCAAGUUGUGUAAAAAAAGAUUUUAUGUCAUUUACUUUUGCACUCUUUGGGCAAAAAUUUUCACCAGAAGAGGCCUUAGUGAUAGAAGAAAAAGUUAAUAAUAUAAUACAAUCUGGAUUAUCCGUUAAAAGAACCACAGUGACAUCCGAUAAUUUAAAUCAAAUGAAUGUCACAUUACUCCCCGGAGAAGUAUAUCCAGAUGAAGUACAUAUAAUAGACAUGUACAACAAUAUUGAUAAUUCAUAUAUAUCUAGAGAAGCAUGUUGUGGUACACACAUUCAUAAUACAUUAGAUGUGAUUGAUUUUUGUAUUGUCCAAUAUAAAUGUCUCAGUAGUGAAUGCACUAUAAUGGCAGUAACUGGGCCACUAUGUAAAGACGCAAGAGUUUGUGGUCAAAAAUUAUUAGAAAAAUCAAAUUUUGUUGAACAUUUGGUGAAUUCAACUAAUUUAAAUAAUAUUUCUCCAACAAAGGUGCAUUUAUUGAUGGAUAAUAAAAACCAAUUAAAAUCAGAUCUAAAAAAUAUUUCUCAAAAAUUUAUACCCUUGAAUGUUCAAAUAAAAUUAAAUAAGAAAAUCUUUGCUAUUGAAAGAAAAAUUCAGAAAAUAAUAAAAGAAAAAAAGAUGCAGAUAUUAAGUGAUGCAGUAAAAAAUUUAUGUGAAGAUAAUUAUGCUGUGGGUUAUGUUGAUUGUGAUUCAGCAUAUCUUGAUAGCAAUUGUUAUGAUUUUGAAAAUUUCGUACAUGUCUGUGGUGAUGUACCUUGUUUAUUUUUAGCUUACAAUAGAGAGAGCAUACAUGUAUAUUUACGUAUUCCAAAGGAACUUUUAGAGGAUGUAAAUUGGUUAAACAAUUUCUGGAGCAAAUUUGAUAUUAAACCCAUAAAAUUCAAAAACAAAGUCCAGUUCAAAACUACUGAAUUCAAGAUUAAACAAGUAGAUAAAUAUAAGGCAUUAGAGCUUAUAGAUAAUGUAAUUGAUGAUGUAAAAAGAAACUAUUUUAGCAAUAUUACAUAUAAAUAAAACUAAUAUUGUUCAAAUUGAUUUAAAUAAAUAAAUAGU